AUUCAAGAUUUACUCAAUAGAGACCUCAAGUGCUCCAUAAAAUAAAUUGCUCAAUCAGUGUAAUUUAUAAUGUAGGCCUACAUGUAUAUGUACCAGAACAUGUAAACAGUGAGCACUUUUAGAAAUGUACGUCCACAUAGUGGACUGGUAUGAGAUGACGUCAUUUUUUGGCCUGCCAUAUGCCUCAGGUCCUCACACACGUCCACUAUCAGAAUCGAGAACCUCGCCACAUCCAUUUUGCGGUUUGCCUAAAUCAUAGUGGACGUGUACUUGAGUGACGUAAUUUUUUGACCGAUCAAGCCCAGCAUGAAGAUCAACCUUUCCCUUUUAAAACACAGUUUUCAGUGACUUUUCACAAAAUUAAUUUAUCGUCAUUGACGGAGCGAGUGUGAACCUGCCUCUAGGUAGCACCCACUGCCACCUGUACAGCAGCCAAGCUUGUGAAAAAGAUGGCACCAAGUGUGGCAAUACAACUGAAGAGUGCGACAACAAGGAAGCAGAGGUACCGUCCUGCUACGUCCUCUGGAAGAAUGAAACUUCCUUUGGAGGUGGUGUAGAGGUAAUGAUGCGGGGCUGUUGGCAGAACCAGGGUGAUUGUCUUGAUAUGGACUACUGUAUGAGUUCUAGUCCUGCUGACCAAAACCUUUUCUUCUGCUGUUGCAUCGGGAGCCUGUGCAACAUGAAUUUUUCAUUCCUCCCAACUCCAGAGCCCACUCCUACUGUUACACAAACAACCGUGACAGGACCCAAUAUAGAUCUGGAAAAGAAGAAGAAAAAUGAAAUGCUGACCAAAACCAUCCUGUAUUCCAUUGUGCCAAUCGUUGCCAUCACUCUGGUAAUUAUCAUGCUUUACUGGAUGUGCAGACGACACCGUUACCAUUCCCUGAUAGCCAUCCCAACCACAGAACCAACUCCAUCACCAAUGAACAGCCUACCUCCUAUCCAGCUUCUGGAGAUCAAAGCCAGGGGACGAUUUGGCGCUGUCUGGAAGGCAACCUGUCUCAAUGACAUUGUUGCUGUCAAGGUGUUUCCUAUACAAGAUCGCAACUCCUGGGCCAAUGAACGUGAGAUCUACAACCUCCCUCACAUGCGCCAUGAGAAUAUCCUCAACUUCAUAGCAACGGAAAAGCAUGGGGAGGGUUUAGAGGUGGAGUACUGGCUCAUCACAGAGUUCCACCAUCAUGGAUCUCUUUGUGACUACCUCAAAGCCAAUGUCAUCAGCUGGAAGGAGCUGUGUGGUAUUGCCCUCUCCAUGGCCAAGGGCCUGGCUUUCUUGCAUGAGGAUAUCCCAGCCACCACUGCUAUACCUUUUGUCAAGCAUUCAGUAGCUCACAGGGAUUUCAAGAGUAAGAAUGUGCUAUUGAAGAACAACACAACAGCCUGCAUCGCUGACUUUGGAUUAGCCUGUGUCUUUGAAGCUGGCAAAAAUCCAGGAGACACUCAUGGGCAGGUUGGAACACGACGUUACAUGGCCCCAGAGGUACUAGAAGGAGCCAUCCAGUUCAAACGAGAUGCUUUCCUACGUAUUGACAUGUAUGCCUUUGGAUUGGUUCUUUGGGAACUUGUCACAAGAUGCACCAUACAAGAUGGACCUGUUCCGGAGUAUAGAUUGCCCUUUGAAGAAGAGCUUGGGCAAGGCACAUCACUAGAGGACAUGCAGGAGUGGGUAGUGGUCAAAAGAAAGCGACCAGUCAUCAGUGACCAUUGGCUCAAGCACAGGGGUCUUGAGUUAUUAUGUGAGACGAUUGAGGAGUGUUGGGACCAAGAUGCCGAAGCUCGUCUCUCAGCUGGCUGUGUAGAGGAGCGAAUAGCACAGUUCAGUCACAGCCACAUGAAUGGCCACCAUCAUGUGUCACCGUCACCUAUCAUCAUGCAAACGAUGCACAAUAGCACAAGCUUUGAGAACACUGGCAACACAGAGAGCACAGACAUUGCUUUAUACAGGAAUUCCCCAUCUCCGCCUCCCAAGGAGUCCAACUUAUAGGGGUUGUAGGCAUGUGGUUGCAGAUACUGUCGUUGUGUGUGUUAGAAGACACUGGGUUUAAUACCCAUUGAGUAAUCAUGCAGCGGGAGUGUUGUGUUGCCAUGUGAGAACAAUCUGAGACAACUCAUAACUGAAUGCCAACCGGAAUAGAGCAGUUGUGUCUGUAACUAAAAAGCCAAGGACAAAAGGAAAGCGUUUGGAAAAUAAAGAAGUGAUUGCCUGCUAAAACUGGAAUGCUCUAGAAGUGCCCACCAGUCCAAGAUCACAGCCUAUGGUAAAGAAGUGAUUUGAGAUGGGUUUACAGUGUGUGAGUGACAUCAUCAGGCGAAACUUCUUUUGAAUGCCUUGGUAGUGAUGUGAAGCAACUAUGCGCCUUGCUUACAUCUGAAUGGGCUGUCCUGUGAAAAUCAAAGGGAAAAAACAAGAAAAAGUUCUGCGCCAAAGAUAUAUUUUUGGAUGACAGCUGGAGAGAAAGAAGGACAUAAACAUGACUCACCACCUUUCUGGAAUGAACUGGAAGUGAUUUAUAUAAUAUGGACGGUUAUUGAUGCUUUCUAAAUGUUUGUAAAUAGUGCUCCCUAUGAGAGGACAUACAUGGUAAAGACAGUACAGGGCAGUCAGUGAAAGACUGUGCUUUGACAUCAAUAUGACUCACAUGCUAAAAGGUUAUGUAGAGUCACAUUGGAUAUUUGGUGUAUUCUGCAAGUGAGCUUUUUUUUGUCUGCAGAACUGCUAUGUUAAUGUCUUUGCUGCAUGAAGAGUAUAAGUUUUAUUUCAAAAACUUUUUAACCACCCUUUUAAUUGUACAUAUAUAUGUAAAUCUUUCUUUUGUUUUAAAAGCAGUGUGAGACUUAUUUUUAUACAUAUAUAGAUGAAGCAGUGAAUGGUGUAAGCAGUAAUUAGAAAACAAACAAGUGUAAAGGAAGUUUAUCUUGUUCCUCAGGAGUUUAGCAUCUGCCAGCUUUGAAGUCCAUAUAUGAAAUGGUAAGAAUAUCAUAUAGAUAAAAUUAAGGCCAAGAAAUGCAUUCAAAGUAGAAUGGGUUUUUAGUAUAUUUAAAAAAAAUGCUGCAUACAAAAACAAUUAUAAUGCGUGUCCAUUGAAUGGGGGAGCCUCCUGUUUGACAAGUUUUUAAAUAUUACCUAAUGCUGCCAUAGUAAAGUAGAUACAUGAGAUAGAUAUUGCUGAUGAAUUGAAAAUAAUCCAAUAACAAUCCCCCCUCUCCUUUGACAUUGAAUGUUACAUGAAGCUCCUGUGACAUGGAAUAAGUUUGAAUGGAGAAGGGAGAUUAUAUGUUAUUGGAAUACCCACAAAAUUAAUUUUGAACUCAAUAAAAGCCAGUGUAUUUAUGCCAAAUGAAACUGUUUAUUGUGACGAGGUAUACAGCAUAUUAGUAUUAUGAGUAUUGCCAUGAACAUACUAUCUAUAGAAUGGAUCAGAAUACAUAGUAAUUCCCCUGAAUAAAUCAUUGCCAUAGUAAAGCCAUUCUUGUUGCUUUAUACCAUGUGGGUUUUGUAUCUAUGUACUUGCUAUGCUGCCACCAAAUUGUUUACAAGAGUUGAGUGUAUUAUUUAGUUAGAUAUGUAGCAAUCGUCUUUCAACUGAAGAGAAUCAUUGUUCUUUUUUUAGUGCAGUGUAGGUCUACUUUCCAUUGGCCAAACUUGUCUCACACUGCCCUAGUCAUGACAUCAUGUCCCAAUGACCAAGUAUUUCAUAAGACAUGAUUCCUGGACUUUAUGAAGGAUGGAGUCUGUUCUGCUGGGCAUUAAAGAAGUCAAUGUGGAUAGUGUCUCAUUAUUUUGCUGAUGGAUGGUGAGGGGGGGGGGGGGGCAAAGGGAUGACUGAUGACUGUUUUACUGAGAAUGCAUGAGUAGUAUUGGCAAACACAGGAUGCAAAGGCCACCCUAUUCCAUCCAAUCAAGACAUCUCUCUCAUCAAUGGCAGGAGUCACACAUUUGCUAUUACAUAUUUUGUUUGUGUGUGUGAUUGUGAGUCUUAGCCAGACCAAAAUGAUACAAACCAACACAUCUGUCAUGUUUUGGUAGCAAUAGAAGCUCAAAGUAUGCAUGUAUUGUAUACACCUUGU